CUCUAAGCCAGGCCUCCUGAUAACCUUGUGGACCCCUGAGCUAUUGUCUGCCCCUCAUGGACUCAUCCUUUCUCAUGCUCUGGUCUAUUUGGCAUUGCCCCCAUCUAACCCAAAUUGACCUCCAUGAGAGAGGCUUGAGCAGGUCACGCCAAUCUCAGUCCGCAUAGCUGUGAAACAGUCACAUCCCUUCUCUGACUGACAGAAGGCUCUUCUGGGGAACCGGUGGGAUUCAGUAGCAAAGGCAUCGGUUGAAUAGCAAGUAGAUACCCCAAGAGUCACAUGCAAUGUCUGCACCUUGGACAAAAGCUCCUGGAGCAGUUUCACCCUAAUCCCUCCUGGCCCCUCAAGGUGGGCCUGAUGCCCUGUUCUGUCUCUUCAUCAGCCUCAUCCCCACUUCGUUGAGCUCCUUCACACCUGUGGGCUUAGCCCCUGCUAUCCCUCAGUCCCUCUGCUCUCUUACAGGAACAACCAUAAGUACCCUUCUUGCCCUUGUUUUGGCCCCUAAGUUGUCCUCCCCUCGAAUCUCUUCGUCAUGUUGGACCCUGUCGUGUCAGGCUGGCCUCUGCUAAUAACCCUGAGUAGGUGGUGCCUGUAAAAGCGUCCUUGGGCUUUCUGAGUCAAGAUGGAGGACUGAAUAUAUGCAUCUCACUUGGUUCAGAAAUCCACUGAACCACAGAGAAGUGUUUAAAACAAGCCCACAGGUAGGUGGUAAAAGGGGCCGAUAGCAAUAGCAUCAUGUAGCUAGAAGCAGAUGGAGAUGGAGGAGCAGUCACUCAGCCAAGUACUGAGUUGGCAACACGGGAAGUGGUGGGAGGUCCCACCAGGUUUAUGCUGCAGACCUCCAGAAAGCUUGAAAACCAGCAGCCCCCUGAGAGGGGAGACCUAAAACAAAGACUGCUAGGGGAGAGCUAGCUACUGGAGAAGCUAUCAGAGCACCAGCUCUUUCUGCACACGGUGAAUGAGUCGUUUAUGAUGAAGCUUACAGCUUCCAAUCAGUUUAAGACCACUACCCUUUAUAGAGAGCUGGCAGCCAGGGAUUCCUAGACAUGGGAGAAAAAAAAAAAGGCAGAUGCAAUUCAGGAUUGAAAUAAGUCAUGGUUUGGCUGCUUGAGGUGUGGAAGCAAAACAGACCUCAUCUCACAGAUUUUAAAAACAGGUACAUUGCCUCUUGAGAUAAAUGAAAUAUCACCCUCUUACUAAUUAUGUCCCCCAAAUAAAGGUUAAGCACGUCCCAUAAGAAUGGACAAAAACCUUCAUCCCUCACUUUGCAGAAGUGAUUUCUGAAUAUACAUCUGAAACUGGGUGUAAAUCACGGGACAGUUUCCUCAUCAGUAAGAGGGUGCCCUUCCGGCUCCCCCAUUGUCUUCGUGUCCCCUUAUGUCUGUAAGGAGCUCGUGAAGAACCGCAGCACCCUCCUCCCUGGAGAUGCUCGCCGGUAUGUCGGAGAAAGGCCGCGGACCACCUGGUGACCCCGCUUCCUCCGGGGACCACCUGGAGGUGAAUCUCCGCAGAACUAACCAGGCCGCCACUUCCGGCCUCCCGGGAAGGCAAGGCGGCGCUCCGGCCAUGGCCUCGAAAGCAGCCCGAGGUGGGCGUAGGUGCUUACAGUGGUUCCCAAAGAGACCGCUGCACGACCAUAAAGAAGCCUCAAUAGCGAUAGGGGAGGGACCUAGGUGGAGUAUCAGCUGUGAUUGGUUACGAGGCCACGCUUCUCUCCGCCCCUCGCCCAGUUUGCCAAUAGGAACCCGCUUCCGUUGUGCGCGUGCGCGACAUUGUAAUGUACCGUCCAUCUCCGCAGUUGGCAACUCCUAAGGCUCGGAGGCAAAGGAGCGGCCGCCGUUGAGGGAGGGAGAACCCCCAAACUCUGCGAUUACUUCAGCUUCCUCUAGGAGGAACGGAGUGCCUCUCAGUCGUAAGAAGCUUCUGAAAGACCCUCUUGGUGAUUCCAGGAAGACUGCCAGCACAAUGCCAUCCCCACUGGGUCCCCCACGUCUGCCCUCCAUGGUCUCCACGGCCACCCUGGAGGAGCCCGAGGCAGCUCGCCUGCGCUUCCGGGGGUUCUGCUAUCAGGAGGUGGCAGGUCCCCGUGAGGCCCUAGCCCAGCUUCAAGAGCUGUGCCGAGGCUGGCUACGGCCCGAGGUGCGCUCCAAGGAGCAGAUGCUGGAGCUGCUGGUGCUGGAGCAGUUCCUGGGCGCGCUGCCCCCUGAGAUCCAGGCCUGGGUGCGGGAGCAGAGGCCAGGCAGCCCUGAGGAGGCAGCAGCCCUGGUUGAGGACCUGCAGCAGGACCCUGGGCAGCUGCUGGGCUGGAUUACAGCCCACGUUCUGAAGCGAAUGGUGCUCCCGGCAGCUCAGAAGAUGGACGAGUCCUUGGGGAGCCCCCACUCUGUAGGAACAGUGGAGCCCCUCAGGGAAGCCGCUGGGGAGAAGCCCCAGGAAUCCCAGAUGGAGGGGUCUGCCCAGAUCAGCUGCAGUGUAAAGGAGGAUCCUGAUGCGGAUAAGCAGAUGGCACCCUCCAGCCCCCCAACUCCAGCCCAGUGCCAUGAAGGGAACCCCAGAUACCAGGAACGAGUCUCUGUGUCGUUCCAGCCACCCCGGAUUCAGGAGGACUGGGGACUCCUGGACCCAUCGCAGAAGGAACUGUACUGGGAUACAAUGCUGGAGAAGUACGGCAAGGUGGUCUCCCUGGGAUUGCCGUACCACCAGCUGGAGACAAGGGCCCAGUCGGAGCCAGGGAUGCCAAGCGUGAGGCCAGAGGAUGGAAGAAACCUCUGCUCAGGAGAUGAGAGUGAAGAGCCACCCCGGGGCCCAGGGCUUGUCACCUGGGAGGGCCGGUCUGGGGCCACCCCACUGCCCCCGGUGCCAGCCAGUGUGGGGAUGCGCCCAGGAGUGGCCCUGGAGCCCGGCACCCUGCGGAAGAAGCCCUACAUGUGCGAGCAGUGCGGCCGCAGCUUCGACUGGAAGUCGGUGUUUGUCAUCCACCAUCGGACGCACGCAGAUGCACGGGCCACUGGGGGUGUAGAGAAACUGGUGCAGGGGCCUCGGGAGCCCUGUGCCCUGCGCCACCCCAGGCGCACACCCCUGGGCCCGCGGAGCUAUGCAUGUGAGGAGUGCGGCCGCAGCUUUAGCUGGAAGUCGCAGCUGGUCAUCCAUCGCAAGAGCCACGCUGGCCAGCGGCGCCACUUUUGCAGCGACUGCGGCCGCAGCUUUGACUGGAAGUCCCAGCUGGUCAUCCACAGGAAAAGCCACCGGCCGGCCCCGUGAACAGUCAGAGAGAGGCAGUCUCCCUUGGGGCCGUGGAGCCCUGCGGGCCUGGACAGUCUGUUCACCUCUGCUUCCAGCCUGUCCCUGCUGCUUGGCUUUGACCUGGCGGACUUGGAGGCAGCAGUUCCCAGGAGGGUCCCCGCCCCUGACUCAGUCUCCCAAAAAGUCGCCUGGGUGCAAGGAAAUGAGCUCCCCCUGCCCCCGACGUGGUGUCCUCCCCUUCCCCUGCCGUUUCGGGGUGAGGCCUGGAUUGGAAUCCACUGCUGACUUGUGGCCAGUGACUUCCAAGCUCCCAGCUCCCCACCUGGGACAUGGAGCAUGCUAGUGACUCCCUACCCCUGGGACCCGGUGGGCCCAGAUGGAUGCUUACGAACUGCCCACCCUUCCUGAAGCAGAUGGACCUAAGGUCUUGGUAUGGAAGAUGCAGCAAGCCCAGGAAUGCAUGGCCUGUUUCUGUUUGCAGGCCUUAGAAGGACAAAUGGCUCUCCAUCUUAGUUCUCGAUGUUUAACAAAUUCCACUUUUAUAGUGGGGAAAUUUCUGCGUAAGGAUCCUGGUUUCUGCUAAUCAGGAGAUGAGCAACACCACUCCUGCCCAACAGCUGGAGCCACAGGGCAGCCAUGUUCCCCCUGGCCUACCUUAUUACUUAGCCACUCACAUCACUCCCCAGCCUCAUUGUCCUUUGAGCUCUUGGCACAAAGGGGACUUUGUUUUCAAGUGUGGAUGGACAAGGGUGAUCUCCAAGAAAGGGGGCCACAAAUAGGUAUCAUUUAGGCCAUCUGCCCCUACAGGUCAGGGCUACAUCCCCACAGCCUACACAGCUGGCCAGUGGGUGACAAAGUAGGACAAAGGAUCAGCUGCCUGCUAUACCCCCAAUCUGGAUUCUUGGGCAGUUAUUUGGGACUUUGGCCAGUGCACUGUAUUAGUUUGAUACUGUUGCUCUUAACAAACUUGGUGGCUUGAAACAACACAUUUAUUUUCUUAUGACUUUGAAAUGGGUCUCACUGGGCUAAAAUCAAGGUGUUAUUUUGGAACCAGGACUGGUUCCUCCUGCAAGCUCUGGAAGGGAAUCCCUUUUUAUUGCCUUUCCUAGUGUCUAGAAGCCACUACAGACCUUGUUUUGCAGCCCUUUUCCUCAUCUUUAAAGCCAGCAAUGAGGGGUCAAGUCUUUCUUAUGCUGCUGUCUCUGGUUCUGAUCCUCCUGUCUCCUUGUAAAGACCCUUAGGGUUGAUUCAGGGCUCACCUAGUAAUCUGCGAUAAUCUCCCUAUCUCAGGAUCCUUAAUCACAUCUUGUCCACAUCCCCACCUGCACAGUUGACCCCAUCUGCAAAAUCCCUUUUGCGCAUAAUAUAUUCACAGUUCAGAGGAUCAGGACAGGGAUGUCUUUGGUUGACUUACUCAGCACCCUUCUCUGUCCCUUUACCAUGAAAACUAGGGUCAUUCUUAUAGGGGAUGGUUUCAGGAAGUGUACUCAAGGAAGGAGCCCUGUGCAGCCUGGGGCACAUGCAGGAGCAGCAGGUGGGUGUUUGAAGGUGGCGGUGACCCUCUCACCUUGGGAGGUGAAGGGCUACCUGCAGGCAACACUUGUGCUGGGGAUGGCGACAUUGCUGCAGCUGAGGCUGGGAGGGGAUGUCUCCACCUGGGGGAGGCGUGUCUUCCACAUCCCUGGUCUUAGGAUGACCUGCUAACUUGCGCUCCGUCCUAGGGAAGCAGAGCCAGGUUGGAGCUGGACCUGGGAGCGGUAGUCUGGUGGGCAAUAACUGUGCUGGGGGCAUGGAGGAAGAGGAUGGAGUAGUGCCCAUAUACUCAAGCCAGGCCCAGGCCCCAGAAAGGAAAGCCAGGGUGUGGAUGGCUGUGAGGGGGCCCAAGCACACAGGAAAGGUAAAGGGAUGAAGGGAAGCACCGCACUGAGGGAGAGUUCGUGGGCAGUUUUUUAAUAAUAUUUUUCAUAUUUAAAAGUAGUUUAUGUUCACUUAGAAAAAUUUUGAUACAAGAGGAAAACAGGUAAGGAAAAUAGCCCCUACUCCAUUGUCUUCACAGCUGUAUUUUUUCCAGAUGUUCGCUCACAGGGAUGUUUGCUUUAUAAAGCUUUUUGUGAGGCUGCUGUAGGUUGUUCUAUCACCCCUCAUUCCCCUGUUAUUAAAAAUGCAACAUGUGCUUUAAUGCCA